UGCAGCUGAAGACAGAGGGGAGGGGUCUCUCUUAGUCUCCACUCUGACUGAAACUGCUCUCUUGCAGUGCUUUUGCUGGCAGGAUCGAAUGAAACAGGACGUUCUGUCCGGGACAGGCUUACCUGUGGAAAAUGUGUGUUUUGAUAAAAUCAGGAUUGAUUCAAAACACUUGAAAAGCAGAGUCAUUAAAAGGGUGCCAGCAAAACCAUGGACGGCAUCUUCUGAAUGAUCAAAACAAUAGACUUUCUAUGAUAAGAAACACAUUAAUCCCUUCUUCUACAAAGUAGAGUAUUUCCUGUCCAUCAGUGCUGGAUUGGAUCUAGCUAUGGGGGAUGUGGCUGUAUGAUUGUGUCUCCAUCCACAAGUCUCAUGGAAUCACCAACAAACAAAUCUGAGCUUCCAUCACCUGUACUUCCCAAGAGGCCUUCUCAGAGAUCUCAGCAUGGGAUGUGUCUGGCAUUACACAGUAGUGAACAGAGUAGCAAUGCUUUCACCUCUAAGUCCCCAUUGUCAUCGUCGUUGACCUUGCUCCUGUACGAUAGAGGUGAGACAUCACCGGACUCAGUGCGUAGCUUGAGUAGUCUGAGCAGUGCCAGAACAGAUAGUCCUCUGGAUGUGGACAUGCAAGAGGUGGAGAUGGGAAAAGCAACAGCCAGCAGUGAUGAUUCUGGCAUACAGAGCCCAGACUGCAGACCAGACUACAGUGAGGACAACGACAACUCCGUGUCUGUGUAUCUGGAUGCUAAUGAAGACUGUUGGAGUGACAAUGACAACAACAAUGUCACUUUGGUGGUAACACAAAAGGUUGGCCAAGCUGAUGGUGAUGAUACAUCCUUGUGCUCUUCAGAAAACGGCGAUGAUGAUGAUGACACUGAAGAGGAGGAGGAAGAAGACUCUUUUCUUUCUUUAGCCUCUGUAGAAUUAAUAAUGAAGAGCCAAGUUGGUGUCUCUGAUCUGGAAGUCUCUACCAGCUCUGAAGUGGUGAUGCCAAUCAGUGUUUCACCAGAAGGCCAACAAGCAGAAGUUCCAAACAUGGCUGUGGUGAAUGAACACCAAAGGGAAGUUGUGUAUGAAAACGAGGAAGUUGUGUUGUCUUCAGCCAUUCAAGAAACUGAUGUCAUAAAUGAGACAGUGGUGUCUCUUGAAAAUACUCCUAUAACAGAUACCAGAAACAUAACUUCUUACAUCUCAAAAGAGGAAAACCAGCCAAAGUCCACAGCAAAAAAGACCAGUGAUCUGGAAGGACGUGUUUAUGCCAAGCCUCCUACAAGGGCUGCUCUGACCAAAGCCACAAAACCUGAGGCGAAGAGGUUCCCCAGGCCAGACCUGAGGAACGUGAAGGCCAAGAUCAUCUCCAGGGCUGCCUCUGCGCCAAGAUCAGCCAAUCCCGCAAAAACAAACACUAAUGUUAACCAGUCAGCUUCAGGAAGUGUGAAGGUUCAUGCUAGUAGGAAGGUGGAAAAUAAAGCUGUUGGAACAAGAAGUAGAUCAUCAUCAAACCAUACAAGAGGGAAAGAAACAAAGAUGGUGGUCAGUGGCGGUCAAGAGAAAGAUGUAAACACUUUAUCCUUGCCGACGCAAGGAGAAGAAACAAUGAAGUCAGAAUAUCCUCCUUCAAUUGAUUUUAAAGAUGAAGAAGAGCCUCAACUUGAGAAAGAAGCUGGGGAAGAAACCUCUAAGAGCACUAGCAAGACUGUGUCUUCCAAGUUGGGACCAUCUCUAGGGACUAACAGUACCUCCACCUCUGGACCCCCAGAAACCAGACUGAAGCCCUCUAACCGAGAAGCCCGACCCACAGGUAGUCUGGGUCCACCGGGAGGCCGAUCGGUUCAGACGGCUGGCAUUCCAAGGAUGCGUAGCACAGACAAGUCCACAGUACCCUGCAGUCCCACUUCUGUUUCCAGCCCUUCUUAUAAAGGUCCUCAGAAAGCUGCAUCUUCCAAACUACCUGUCAAAGGCCUACCCACAAGCCCCAGCUGCUCAUCACUGAGAAGUACAAUCAGCGAAAGCAAUAAUAUUGCUGUAAACAAAGUUCCUGCUGAGGGGAUAAAGAGUGAGGAGAAGUCUAUCAAACAAUCACUGGCAUCCCAGAUUCAAGGAAAGUGUCUAGUUAGCAAACCUGUAUCAGGGCACCGCAGCAGAACGAGCUCCACACCGUCUAAACCAGCGGCAGGGCCGAAGGCCCCAGCUGUGACCAGCCACGUGACAGCUAAGACCAACCAGAAUGCUUUGCAACGCAGUGGAUCUGCGCGACUCAUUCGCUCAUCAUCAGUAGCAGGCCCUGGAUGUCGCUCUCUCUGUGCAGCAGCCUGGCCGCUUUCUGUCUGUCUUUCCAGCCAUGCUCGGAUAGGUAACACCACCAAACUGUCACGAGAGAUCUCAUUUAGUCAUCUUCCACAAAACGCUGAAACGUUUAUUCAGGCUUUCCUUCAGAGCGGGUGCAUAAUUUCCUCAUCUGCCUUCCACUCAACUAGUCAAGGAAGACCGACGGUGGAAGAGGAAGAGAAAGAUCUUCGUCUUCAAAAUGAGAAGAAAAGUCAAUGCAUCCUGCAUCUCCGUAAACUCAUCGUUAACGGCAAUCGGCGACUAGAAGCUCUCGCCCUGGUUGUGCAGCACAUCUUCAGUGAGCGUGAGGUGGCAGUCAAACAGAGGGAAGAACUUUCUGUCCAAAUCAACAACCUGCGAGAGCAACUGGGUAACUCUGUCUCGUGUUGUGAACAGCUGGAGAGAGAGAAGGAGGAGGUGCGUGUAACUUUGGAGGCAUUGUUUCAGAAACUACAGGAGCAGCAUCAGACAGAACUACAGCAGCUGGAGGAGCGGCUGAAGGACUUCUACUCUGCAGAAUGGGACAAAACCCACGAGGCCUAUCAGAGAGAGGCGGAUAAAUGCAGGGCGCUCAUGCAGCAGCAGGUGGAGGAUGUGAGGAGCAAACAGGAAGCACUGAGGAGCCAACAGGAAGUGGCACACACUCAGCAGAUAGCAACACUGAAACAGGCACAUGAGACUUCACUUGCAGAGCUCAGGAAGACUCAUGAACAGGACAUGGAAGAACUUGAUAAAACACUCAAGGAGUCUGAAGCCAUGCUCAAUGAGAAAAUUCAGACUUUGACAGCAGAAAACGAGGCUUUGAAAGAAAGACUGAGAGAAGAGGAGGAAUGGAGGAGAGCUCUGGCAGACAAAAGUCAGAAGGACGCUCACACACUGUUUUUGGAACAAGAGCUGGAGAGUCUCAGAGCCGUGCUGGAAAUAAAGACCAACCAGAUACACCAGCAAGACAAGAAACUCAUGCAGAUGGACAAACUGAUUGAUGAUCAUUUGAAACUGCAAGAGUGUUUAAAGAAGGUCCAGCAGGAGAACGAGGACUACAAGGCUCGGAUGGACAAACAUGCUGCACUUUCAAAGCAGCUCUCCUCAGAGCAGGCCAUGCUUCAACAGACCCUACAGAAAGAGUCAAAGGUCAACAAACGGCUAUCUUUGGAGAACGAGGAGUUGCUGUGGAAACUACACAACGGGGACCUUUGCAGCCCUCGACGCCUCUCACCCUCCUCUCCUUUCCACUCGCCUCCAAACUCUGCCUCCUUCUCCACAGCCCCGAUAUCACCCAGAUAACCUCUGAACUCUGACCACGCUUGCUCAGAGGCACAUAUGGACCUUUUGGCCAUUUUAUUCCUAUAAUAGGACUUGUACAGUUUGUAAAGGCUUGUAAAGUUUAUAAAUGUUCCCUUUCCAGUUAAAGACAAUGAUGCACAGUUGCACUUCUAGAUCAAGGAAUUGCCUUGUUCAGUUACACGCUUGUUUGUCCUUUUAAUGUCUGUCUGUCUGUCUCUCCCUCCUUCAAUCUCUUUCACAAACAUACACAAACAUUUCUCUGAGGAGGGAACAUACCUCAGGGCUUGUACAUAAAGUAUCUCUUCCUCGGACUGCCAUUUUCUGUUACAUGUGCUCUUUUAUCCUUUUUAUUUUUGUUUUAUUAAAAUGGUUUGUGCAUAGUAAGUCAAGGUGUAAAGCUGUCAUUUUUUUGUAUGCUGACAAGAACACUAUAUGAUAUUUGCAAAAAGGAUGGAAAACAGAAGUCCCCUGUUUGCUUGGAUUGACAUUUUACAGCAUGAAUACAGAAAGGAAAAAAAAGACAUUUCAAGAAAGAAGCAUAAAUCUCAACCACACCUCUGAACUGCAUAUACUGUAGAUCCAGGUCUCUAUUCCUAAUAUUGUGGAAUGUAUUUACUUCUCUCCCAAACUGUGUCCAGUGGCCCACACAUCCAGAACGCUUAAGGUGUGAAUGUGUCCCUAUCUCAACCACAGGGCCCUUCUUUGCUUUAUUUUAUUUUUGUAAUUAAUGCAUUACAUUUCUGGAUGUUUCUCUAUUAUAUUUUGUAUCGUUUAUUUUAAUGCAAACAGCACACAGGGUUUAUUUUUUGAAGUUUAC